CUGUAGCAAUAGACCGGAAAGAACCGUUACGUCGCAAUGUUACUUAUACAUUUAUGCAUGUGUUGUACGAAUCUUAAUUGCAAUGACCAACGAUUAUUCCUGAUUAAAAGUCUGUUUAUUUAGUGAAAAUAGUAUUUUUCGUCUAUUAUAUUUGUCUCUUAAUAGGUUUUCUAGUUCAAUAUUUCGAUAAUUAUUUAUUUCACUAAGUAGAUAACCACCAGUAUCUUUUGCUAAGUCUACUGGGAUCCAAUGAAUCUCUGUCAGGCAGGGCUCAAUAUUUAUAGAAAAAAAAAUUCUACGGAAUAUUAUUAAUACUAGCAAACAGAUCAACGAAAACGUUAAUACAAUGGGAGCUUUAAAGUGUCUAACUAUUAACUUGCUAUGGAUUUGUAUAAUUCUUAUAGCAAUAACAUUUUUGCCUGGACUGCCGCCAAACAUCGAGUUUACAUCAUAUGCUUUUAAAUUACCAAAUUAUCCGCACUCAUCUUCAAUUAGAAAUUUAAGUAAAGCUGAAAAAGUCUUUAAAGGAAAAAUUGUAGGACCUGAAAGUUUUGAUGCUUAUGAUGGAAUAUUGUAUAUCUCAAUGUACGGAGGGACAGUUUCUAGACUCGUCGACAAUAAUCUUGAGCAGCUAGUGAAAUUUGGAAAAGGUUGCGAUCACUCAUGGGAAGAAGACAUUUGUGGUAGACCUCUAGGGCUAAAAUUUGAUGAAAAUGGAAAUCUUUAUGUUGUCGACACAUAUUAUGGUAUUUUUAAAGUUAAUAUUACUACGAAGAGCUAUGAAAAAAUUGUAGAAAUCACAAUACCUAUUGACGAAAAAGUACCUAUGAUACCUAACAGUAUAGAUGUUGCUAAGAAUGGCGAUCUUUAUUGGACUGAUUCAAGUUCAGAUUAUAAACUUUACGACGGAAUAUUUUCGAUGUUGAGUAAUCCAAGUGGGCGAUUGAUACACUUCAGCGCAAAAACUAAAAAAAAUACAGUUUUAUUAGAAAAUCUUGGGUUUGCAAAUGGCAUAAAACUUAGUGAUGACGAAAGCUUUAUAUUUGUCGCUGAAACACUUACGUCUCGAAUAAUUAAAUAUCAUUUAAAAGGGCUAAAAGCUGGGAAAAGUGAAAUUAUUAUUGAAGGCUUACCAGGAUUUCCUGAUAAUAUUCAUUCAGAUAACCAUGGUAAUUUUUUCGUUAGUCUAAUUGUUAUUGCAGAUGAAGAAAAUCCUCAGCUUCUACAGUCUUUAUCUCCUCAUCCUUAUAUUCGCAAAUUAUUUGUUCGUCUUUUAACAUUACUGGAACUUCCGUUUAAAUUUUUUUACAAAAUUUAUUCUGAUGAUUGUUUCAAAAAAAUUUAUCUUUGGAUUGGACACUUUCGAAGUUUUUCAUUUUUAAUGCCACGCUCUGCUAUUAUUCUCAGAAUUAAUGAACAUGGGAAAAUUCUCGACAUACUAGAAUCGAGGAGUGGUGACAUUUCGGACAUCAGUUCUGCUUUUAUCUUGAAUGAUUAUCUGUGGCUUGGUAGUCCAUUUAACGACUAUCUUGGCAGAAUUUCUAUGAAUCAAAUAUUACCAACACUUGAAAAACAAAAUAUCAAAUUUGAUGAAAAAAAAUUGCUUGAUAAUAAUACGAAAAAAAAUAAAUCUAUUAACGAUCAAACUACGUAAAAUUAACAACAGAAAUAUUUAACAUUGAAAACUUGAAUUUAAGUUAAAUCAGUUCAUAGGGUUCAAAUAGUAUGGAAUUGAAUAGAUAAAAUUAGACAUUGAAACCAAAUUUUUCUUAAUAAAUUUUACUUGAUUUUUUUACAUUUUUUUUUAAUUAUUACGUAGUUAUAGAAGAUAAAAGUUAUACAGAUUUUGAUACAAAUCCACAGAACUUAAUUAACGUUUUAUAAUAUUUUUUAGCGUUUUUUAGAAUACUUGUGAUAUACUAGUGUUCUAUAGAGAACCGUUAACUUAACAUUUUUUUUAAAGAAAUUAGUUCUGUAGAAUUUCAUGAAUCUCCAUGAAUUUAUAUUCUCUACAUUAAUGACUAAUAAUCCAAUGCAAUAACUGUAAUAUGAUUGUAUACAAUGUAUCUCUGUUUGAGGAAACAAAUUAAAUAGAGUCAACAAAUUUCAAAUUCUGCUUAAUUUUUGUCAUUCUAAAAAGUAUUACAUAUUUAAAAAAAUUGCAAAUGAUGAAAAAUUUUCAGAAAUAAUAGAGCGUUCUUCAAGUCUAUUGAUCAAUUUUCUGAAUCUGGAAAACAAGAUAUUAAAGCUUGGAUGGCAGUAUGUAAUAAUUUGUCAGAGUAUAAAUUCUUUCAUUUAUUUAUUAAUAAUUUACACAAUGUAUAAAAUGAAAAUAUUACAAAUAUAUAACUUUUAUAAAUAUUA